UCCCUUCACCAAACAAGGAAAAAGUUGUAUUAUCGGGUAUAAUUUUCCUCUGCAAUUUAGCUUUGCCAAAAAGAUAUGGCAAUUUUCCAAAAAUUUUGUUCGUGAAUCAAGAAACACUUAAAAGCCUAAACCCUAAACCCCGUGCUCACCGUCCCCCCCCCCCCCCCCCCCCCCCCCUCGAACGGCAGCACCUCGUGGAUGCUGUGCUCCAGCAGUUCGGGCCCACACGAUUCAGCCGUAACGCCCUUUCCCUUUUCUUUUUCCCUGACCUUCCACGGCGGUGCAGCUUUCGGCGACUAUACAUUUUUCUUCAUUCCGACGAGGGCUAAGAUUAUCUGAACGCUAGAUACUGAGGUCUGGGAGCUUUUUGGCAGAAGUUUCACUGAAAGACUAGAAAUGAUAAAGAGGAGAUUCUACAGGCUUGAACAUGGGGAUAACGACAAUGCUUCAGAUUCAUCUGUAUCAUCAUCCGACUCUGAACCAGAUGCAUACAUAGAAGAAUCACAAGAUGAUGUAGAAGUUCAAGAAGAUGAUGAAUCAUUCUCUACCUCAUCUGGGUAUGAAAGUGAGGAUAGCUCUGUUAACGAAGUUGAUAUUGACUCGUCAGGUCGUCCAAGUACUGAAGAUGAUCCUGACAUUGGAAAAGAAAUUCAGUCUCAUACUGGGACUCAGGUACCUGAUGAAAUCCCUUCGGAUACGCAGUUGCCUGAUGAACGCCCUUUGGGAAUACUGGACCUUCGUUCAGAUAUUUUAUCCAUGAAGGAAUCAUUACCAGCUGAUGUUCCAGUGUGCAUCCUGAAAUGCAAAUCUGUUUUUAAGUGCAAGUUAUGCCCUAGAGUUGUCUGUUUGAAUGAGGAGACAUUAAAGGCUCAUCUUAAAUCCAAGAGACACGCUCGUUCUGAGAAGUUACUGAAUGAAGGCAGGCUGAAAAUUAUGCUCAACAACAGUGGAGAGAUUGAAAAUCCUGAAAAUUCUACUGAGUCACCUCCUCGGCUUCCUGCUUUUCCACCGGAAUAUCGUAGAAGGAAAAACAAGUCGCGACAAAGUAAUGGAUCACAGGCAAAGAGGUCAAGCAAGAAACAGAAGGAGCGUUCGAAUGGUGAUCAAAUGAGAGGAUCAACAAAGAACCUACCGAAGAAAAGACGCAAAAUUGAGUAACUGAACAUCGGUCAACUAAAGAUUUUGUUGUCUCACGAAAUGUGGUGAUAGUGAAGGGGUAUGUUGUAAUUCCCCCCCUUUUUGACAUUUUCUCUUAACUUAUUUAUACUACAAAAUGAAAUGUAAUUCUUGUAAGGUAUGAAAUUUGUUGGGCACAGAAUGAGACCACUAUUCUUGCCUUGUUUGCAGUUAGGUAAAAUUAUCCAUCUUUUGUUUUA